UAUUGGAGUAGGUAGUUAGGUAGGUCAUAGAUAUUUUGUACAUAGAUACAUUGGAAAUACAUACAGACAUACUCAAAAUAUCAUAAAUCAAUCUUCAUUAUCCAUUUAAUAGUCAACGCGUGAUCCCAGUAACGGUAAACAAUCGACUACUUCAGUGAAAUGUAAAACAAGUUCAGUAUCGGGAUACGUCUCGUACGGACGGGAUCACAAAAUCAUUACAUUCGCUCAUGCCCCGUGCAGACUUCCCCAUCCCAGCCGGAUGCUGCGUGCAUGCGAUCGCAACUACAUCCAUUCAUCUAUACCAUGGUGUUAUCUCAACAAUAUUCUAUCAUAUAAUAAUAAACAAACUCGAAGUUAUCUAUUUUUCUUCAUAAAAUUUAAAUUAAAUAUCCAUACCACAUGACGCGGCAAAAUGUUAUCUGUGAAACGGUUGCGUAUGAAAAUGAAAACAAAAGCGUUCCAUUACUUGAGAUGUGGAGCCAAGACUGUGACUUUCCUAUUUUGGGCGACAUUGUAUAUGGUGGUCAUGAAAAUGACAAUAUUCAAGAGCAAUGUCACCGCACCGGUUGCGAGGGACUGGUCGAUAGUACCUGACAAUUACACCAAGUGGCUGUUACAGGGUCCGGUUUUAGGAGACGAGGAACCAGAGAUGUAUCCGAACAACGUAGAGUGGACAGAGCCCGAUAAUGCAACGAUAGUGGAAUUGGAGAAACGAGCAGAAAGAGUACAAGACGUUUGUCGAAAGAGAACUAUUAAAUCUAAGUCAAUUAAUAGCAAAGAGUUUUUUGUGGAUCAUGCUCAUAAUCUAGUUUGGUGCAAUAUUUUUAAGGCCGCAAGUUCGUCAUGGUUAUAUAAAUUUAACAUAUUAGGUGGUUACGAAAAAAAGUUUUUGGCACGUACUCGACAGACACCGCUUAUGUUAGCACGUAAAAAGUUCCCAAGACCUAGUGAAGAGGAAUUACGAGAUGCGGUAAACACACCGGGUGUCAUUUCUCUUCUGGUUGUACGUGAACCCUUUGUUCGACUGUUGUCAGCUUACAGAGAUAAAUUGGAAAACAUUGCACCGCCGUAUUACAGGAAAUUGGCAAGGGCAAUAGUAGCGGAAAAUAGAGAAAAAGCAACAAAACUUUUCGGACCGAUAAAAAGUUUUGGACCUACGUUUUAUGAAUUCGUAGCAUACUUGACUAAAAAAUUCAAGGAUAGAGAUAAAUUAUUUACUUUUGAUGAACACUGGGCACCAUAUUAUCAAUUUUGCUCGCCGUGUGCAGUUAAUUUCAGUGUAAUUUCUAAAGUGGAGACUUUAACAAGAGAUUCGGCGUAUGUUAUACAGCAACUUGGACUGGGCCACGUCUUGGGACGUAAAGUCAACGAUAGAAGGACUCGACUUCGAACAGUUAUGAAUAAAUCUAAAGAUGGAAAAAAUACAACCGCCUUAAUGAAACGUUACUUCAGUCAGCUGGAUGAGCGAAUGCUUAAUGAUUUGUUGUUAAUAUAUGGUAUAGAUUUUGAGAUGUUUGGAUAUGAUCCGAAAGUUUAUAGACGUUAUGUAAGAAAAUAAAUUCUAUC